CUACCCAUGCCUCUUUUCCACUCUUGUUCACACCCUCUCUCUCUCUCUCUCUCUCUCUCUCGGAUUCUCUCUAUUUGUUCCUGUCCUGUUCAGACGAAGCCUGCUGUGUUCCCUAGCUGUCUGUACUGCUGUUUAGCGAGAAGUAGAGCUGUGUAGGAUUGAGCAGGACAACGUGUGACCACGUCUAGGGCUGUGUGUAGGGCUGUAUCAGCAGGGCACAAGGGCUGUGUUGGGCUGGCAGAGGUAGGGCUCUCCCAUGGCCUACCCUCAGUGCCCAGCCCCUGGGUCCUACACCAUGGUCAUCAUCCCUCUCCGGAGCAGCCUCUACAGUCUUGACGCCCUACGCUUCUACCUAUGGAUUAAGAGGCUAAAGAGCUUGGAGAGGGAGCAGGACUCUCUGUGGACCGGGCUGCAGGUUCUGGAGCGAGCCCGACUAUGGUACCGUCAUAGACUGGAGAACAACAGAUCCAGGCAGGCUAACGUGGGCACCGGGGCUGGAGCUAGGGCAGAGGUGUGGGGAGGAGAGGGGGUGUCUUCAUGCCUCCUGCGGUCUCAGAUCCAGAGGGUGAAUGGAUCUUUGGGUAGUCUGAUGAUUGAGCCCAACGUAACCAGCUGUCCCUCCUCUCCGAAGAGGGACGGGGUCGAGGUAUCAGACAAUGAGCUACGGUGGCAGAACACGGUACUGGUACAGGAGGUGAGCGAGAAGAAUUUUCAAAUCUCCCUGUUGGAGCUGGAGAGAGACCGCCUUUUGCAAGAGCUGAGUGUGCAUCUAGGUGUGGAAGUGUAGUGGGCAUAACUGAGUUAUUUGAGUUUGUACAUUGCUAUUAAGCCCAUUUCACUUUUAUCCCACAUGAGCGCACACACGUGACUGAACACCACUUCAUAACUCUUCAACUAAAGUUAUUCCAAUCUAUGUACGGAUCUCAUCACUGUAAAUAUGCUUGUAAAAUAAUAAUUCAAUAUACUGAAUGUACAAAGACUGAGUGUGUUAUUGUC